AUGACCCAGCCAGCCCCUGCCUCGCUGCUUGGGCUCUCUUUACCCGCGUCGGUGGAUUUUGCCCCCGACGCACCGAAUCAGCGCGCGCCGUACCGUACCGCCUGUGGCUCGGCCCAAAACAAGCAUCUUUUGCCCACCCCCAUCAACACGCGUUGGGCCGCACCGCUCACUGUAGGUGGAAGAACGACUCCAAAGAAGAAGAAGAAGAAUCAAAUAAAAAAUUGCAUCGCCAUCGCCCACGCGCCGCGCCUCCAGCAUCUCUACCCAGCAACCAGGCGACACAUGCAUCCCGCCUCGUACAGCAGCGAACCCCAACAGACUCCUCCCACAGCAAAUGUCUUUCGCCGCGGCUUCUUGCCGUUUGCCUGUCCAGUCAAGCGCACAAUCGGCCAUACAUCAUCUGCAGAUCGAUCUGAGUCGCUUUAUGCCGUAUAA